AUGGGUUCACCUGAACAUGUAAAAGCUUCUGUGAAAAGGGAUGUAGAAGAUAGUUCAGGUUCUAGGAGUGAUAGGGCCCGAGACCAUGAAACAAAUGAAGCAGAUGAGAGGAGAAAACGAAGGUCAGGAAAGUCAAAACAAUCAGGGAGUGGAGAGGAACCUGAAGGAUUAGAAAAUAGUGGAAGAAAAAGAAGUGGUGAGGAGAAAAGCGAAAGUCGUAAAAGGCCAGGUGGCAGCAGCAGCAAGACAGUUAGUGAGGAAGAUGAAUAUGAGUCAAGAUCUAAACAGAUGAAAAAGAAACAAGAAGAGAGUGCUUUAGAGUCAUUAAGCAACUGGUAUCAAGAUGGUGAAGGAGAAAGUAGACAUGAUGGUAUUGGUGGAGAAAGAAGUGAGAGAAGAAAGUCAACUUCAAAGGGUAAAGAUGAAAGAUUGCAUGAUGGAGAUCUUGAAAAGCUUCAAGAAAAAGAUUUAAAGAAUUCCCAGAAAAAGGAAGUUAGCCGAGAAAAGGGUCAAAGAAAAAGAUGGGAUGAUGCUAAUAUUGUAAGCAAUGUGGAUGAAAGUAGUGAGAGUAGAACCAGGGGUAUAGAUGGAAAUAGUGAUAAAGCUGUUAAACACCCUGAAAAGGGUAAGAGCAAGGAAGAUAUUGAAGAAGACAAUCAGGAAAAUCCGUCAAGUCAUGAAGAUAAGGAUAAAGUUGAUGAUGAAGAUGGCAGGGGUAAAAAGGACAUUGACCGUGGUACCAGGCGUCAUCAUGAAAGAGAAGAAUACAAGGAGAAAGAGGAAAGAUCAAAAGGGAGAGAUGAUAACUGGAAAAGAAGGCAAGAAAAAGACGGUGAUGCCCCUUAUGACUACACCCGGGAUUGGGAGUCACCAUCGCAAAGACGUGGUGGUGGUGGUGGGCGUGAUCGGGUCGACCCGGAAAGACAUACGGGUCGUCCAGGUGGCGGCAGGAAAGAUGGAAACAGAACAGAUGCUGUGAAAACCUCAUCAAAUUAUGGUAUUUCAAAAGAUAAUUAUGAUGUCAUCGAGAUUGAAACUAAGCCUUUUAAUCAUACAAGAGAAGAUUCUAAUCCAAUAAAAACAAACGAUGAGUUUGAUCAAUCUAAUGAAGAUGGUCAACAAGUCAACACGAAUGUUUCUCAAGGUUCAUUCAACAGAAACAUUUCUGUUAAAGUUAACAGAAUGGGAAGAGGUGGAGGAGGCGGUGGUGGAGGUGGGAGAGUUAUUCGUCCUAUAGGGAGAGAUGGUCAACAAGUCAACUUACAAGUCCCGAUGAUGGGGUCACCUUUCGGACCACUCGGAAUGCCGCCACCUGGUGGUUUACAACCGCUUACCCCCACCAUGUCUCCGGGCCCGGGUCCUAUGUCCCCAGCGGUCUUCCUCCCCCCAUUUUCACCUCCCGUCGUCUGGCCCGGAGUGCCACCUGGCGGGCCGGCGGGACCCAGAUUCCUGCCAAAUAUUGCAACCCCGAAUAAUCCCAUGUUUUUCAACCAACCAAGAGGAAUCCCUCCAAACAUACCGGGUACUAAUUUCAACCCGCUUGGACCCAUGGGUCGUGGACUACAAGAUAAAGGGCCAGGUGGCGGUGGUUGGGUCCCACCUAGAAACAAUGGACCCUUAGGUAAAGCCCCAUCUAGAGGGGAACAAAAUGAUUAUUCACAAAAUUUUGUGGACACGGGUAUGCGACCCCAGAAUUUUAUUAGAGAAUUAGAGCUCACUAGUGUUGUGGAAGAUUACCCAAAGCUUCGUGAGCUUAUACAAAAGAAAGAUGAAAUUGUGGCAAAUUCCGCUUCUGCCCCUAUGUAUUACAAGUGUGAUUUACACGAGCAAGUUUUGUCCCCGGAGUUUUUUGGGACUAAAUUUGAUGUUAUACUCGUGGACCCACCUUGGGAGGAAUACGUUCAUCGAGCUCCUGGUGUUACUGAUCAUAUGGAGUAUUGGACUUUUGAGGAAAUUAUGAAUCUCAAGAUCGAGGUAAUAGCUGACACGCCAUCUUUUGUGUUUCUCUGGGUUGGUGAUGGAGUCGGCCUUGAGCAGGGUCGGCAAUGUCUAAAGAAGUGGGGGUUUCGUAGGUGUGAAGAUAUAUGCUGGGUGAAAACGAACAAAACCACUGCAACACCUGGAUUGCGCCAUGAUUCACAUACUUUGUUUCAACGCUCAAAGGAGCAUUGCUUGAUGGGCAUAAAAGGAACUGUACGUCGCAGCACAGACGGCCAUAUAAUCCAUGCCAACAUUGAUACUGAUGUAAUUAUCGCUGAGGAGCCUCCAUAUGGUUCUACUGCAAAACCUGAAGAUAUGUACCGAAUUAUCGAGCAUUUUUCACUUGGUCGCCGAAGGCUUGAGCUUUUUGGUGAAGACCACAAUAUUCGCUCUGGCUGGUUGACUGUUGGUAAAGAUUUAUCCUCUUCAAAUUUCAAUUCCGAGGGGUAUGUCCGUAAUUUUGCGGAUAAGGAUGGGAAGGUGUGGCAAGGAGGAGGAGGGAGAAACCCACCACCGGAGGCGGGUCAUCUGGUGCUGACGACACCGGACAUUGAAGCUCUCCGGCCAAAGUCUCCGAUGAAAAACCAGCUUCAAAUGCAACAGCAGCAGCAACAACAACAGUCUAAUUCUAUAUCCCUGACACCUGGCACUUCCGGCAAGAGGCCAACCGGAAACUCACCGGUCAACCAUGGUGGACCGGGGAUGAUGAACCAGGAAGCGUCCGGGUCUAAUAUGUCUGGUCCGGUAGGUCCGUGGGGCCCACCUCCGAUGGGUCCCGAUGAGAGGUUUUUUGAGAAUAUGUAUGGGUAUAAUGGUCCUUUUGGACCCAUGGGUGGUGGUUCUGGUGCUGGUGCUGGUGCUGGUGCUGGUGGAGAGUAUAUGGAUUUUGAAACUCAUGGAGCCAUGAACAAUAUGUUGUAGCUACUUUAAACAAUUCAUAAAUUGUUUUUUUUGAUAAAAUGUAUGGGUAUAAUUGUCUUUUUUAUUCA